CCCACGGCAACUCUGCCUGUCACUUUCAAACACCUUCUCAGGCGCCCUCUCUCUGUUCUCCUUUCCCUCUCUCUGCCUUUUGAAGCUCAAUCUCCCCCAGUCGUUGACUCGUUUGGGAACAAGACUCUUCCUCAUACCUGGGCUACGAUUUUCUCCGCUCCCCGCCUCCUAGCUUUGUUCAUGUUGUCUGAUCUUGACGUUAGCUCUCUGCAACUCAUCGCUCACCAUACGACUUGUCCCCUUGUCUUGACACUCAUAAUCAACGGCUUCAACACAACAACAACAACAUAG